AUGAGGCUGCUCCUGAUCAUUCUGCCAUCGCUUUUCUACGCUGCUACAAUGCCCGUGCCCACCCCAUCACGCGAUGGGCACGAGUGUCCCUUGGGGCAGUUUCCCUGCGGCAACCUCUCCGUCUGCCUGCCCCAGGCCCUGCACUGCAACGGGGAGGAUGACUGCGACAACGGGGCUGACGAGGAGAACUGCGUGGAUGACAGCGGCUGGCUGCAGAUCUUGGGCGACAUGCUGGCUGCGAGGAGCGGCAGGAUGGCGGUGGAAGAUGAGGGUGACGCCUGCUGGCUGGAGCUCUUCCCAGAGCGGUGCCGGUGCUGGGGAAGGGCUGUAGACUGCACCGAGCAGGACCUCGCCACUGUCCCCUGGGUCUCCUCCAACGUGACCAGGAUGGACCUGAAGAAAAACAAAAUCCGUUCUCUGCUGGAUAAUCAGUUUGCCAGGUACAGGAGUCUGGAGAAGCUGUUUUUGCAAAAAAACAAGAUCCGCUUGAUCUCACCCAAAGCCUUUGCUGGACUUUCUCAGCUUAAAAUGUUGUUCCUCAGCCACAACAGGAUCACGCAGCUGAAGCCCCGGGUUUUUGAGGACCUGCAUCGCCUGGAGUGGCUGAUGCUGGACAACAACAGGAUUGCCACGAUCGUCCCCGCGACGUUUGCAGGGCUGAAGUCUCUGUAUUUCCUGUACAUGUUGAACAACUCUUUGACUCAAAUACCCAACGCCUCCCUCUGCGCAGAGAUGCCGAAGCUCAGCUGGCUGGAGCUGGAAGGGAACAGGAUCCGGGCGGUACGCAGGGCUGUCUUCCAGGAGUGCCACGACUUCACGGUGCUGAUCCUGCGCAGAAACAAGCUCAGGUGGAUCCAGGAUGGGACAUUUUCCAGGCUGAGCAGGCUGGUGGAGCUCGACCUGUCGUCCAACAGACUAGAUCACCUCCCCUCCUCUCUGUUUAACGGCCUGGCUGAGCUCCAGCAGCUGAAUAUUUCCUACAACCCCUUGAGAGAGAUCUUCCCCAGCCAGUUUGAGAGCCUGCCCCAGCUACGGUCCCUGAGCUUGGAAGGGCUGGAGAUUCCCAACAUCCAUAACCUGACCUUCCAGAAGCUGACCACCCUCUCCCACAUCUACUUCAAGAAGUUCCAGUACUGCAGCUACGCGCCCCACGUGCGCAGCUGCAAACCCAACACCGACGGCAUCUCCUCCUUCGAGAACCUCCUCGCCAACAUCAUCCUGCGCGUCUUCGUCUGGGUCGUCGCCUGCCUCACCUGCUUCGGCAACCUCUUCGUCAUCUGCAUGCGGUCCUUCAUCGUCACGGAGAACAGCCAGCACACCAUGGCCAUCAAGUCCCUGUGCUGUGCAGAUGGCUUGAUGGGCAUCUACCUCUUCGUCAUCGGAGCCUUCGACCUCAAGUACUCGGGCGAAUACAACAAGCAUGCCCAGGGCUGGAUGGGCAGCCUCCAGUGCCAGCUGGUGGGCAGCCUGGCCAUGCUCUCCUCCGAGGUGUCAGUCCUGCUGCUGACCUACAUGACCCUGGAGAAAUACUUCUCUAUUGUUUUCCCGUUCAGCCACCACAGAGCUGGCAAGAAGCAGACCAUCUCAGUGCUAGUGGCCAUCUGGCUUCUGGGCUUCUCCCUCAGCAUCAUCCCUCUGUGGUGUAAGGAGACCUUUGGGAACUACUACGGGAGGAACGGGGUGUGCUUCCCACUGCAGCCUGACCUGGAUGAGCGGCCCAGUGCUCGGGGCUACUCUGCCACCAUCUACCUGGGCUUGAAUCUCGCAGCCUUCAUCACCAUCGUCUUCGCCUACUCUGGCAUGUUCUACUCCAUCCGCAUGACUGCGUCCAAAACAGCGGAGAGAGGUGUCUGCUCCCGGGAUGUGGCCAUUGCAAAGCGGUUCUUCUUUAUCGUCUUCACGGAUGCUCUCUGCUGGAUACCCAUCUUCCUCCUCAGGCUGCUCUCCCUGCUGCAGGUGGAAAUACCAGGCACCAUCACCUCUUGGGUGGUCAUCUUCAUCCUGCCCAUCAACAGCGCCCUGAACCCCAUCCUCUACACCAUCACCACCGCCUCCUUCCAGGAGAAGGUGAAGGGCUGUUUGCAGACCAAGCAGCUGGAGCUGCACGAGUCUCGCAAGAGCUUUACCCUGGCAACGCUUCAGGCCAGCAGCGUUUGACCC